UCCAUUACGAGUGUGUGGUUAGGAAUCUACGGUCAACUUUACUGUAAUGCCAAACAACCAAUCAAAAGAGACGGCGUGUUCAUUAAAAGACAAGGCGAGGAAUUCCAUUUAUAGUGUGUCAUUCCUUCACGAUGUCCAAGAUUGUCUGCUUCUAUAUUUUGUGCCUGUUUUCGCUUUUACAUAAUGUUGCGGCGACAGCAGAGAAGUCCAAACUGAAGUCAACUGAUCAGGAUAGCGCGGACAGCUGGAAGAAGAAAGACAUCCGCGACUACAGCGAAGCUGACCUGGAGCGAUUAUAUGAACAGUGGGAGGAAGGAGAUGAAGAACUGGAACCAGAUGAACUUCCAGAAUGGAAAAGAGAAGCACCAGCAGUUGAUUUCUCCAAGUAUGACUCCAAUAAACCUGAAGAACUUCUCAUGAUGAGCAAAAAAGGCAAAACUUUAAUGAUGUUUGUGUCAGUUUCUGGUGACCCUGCACGGCACGAGACUGAAGAAAUUACGUCACUGUGGCAGAGCAGUUUAUAUAACGCAAACAUAGAUAUUACACGAUAUUUAAUCAGUGACAACCGAGCAAUUUUCAUGUUAAAAGAUGGCUCAAAAGCAUGGGAGAUAAAGAACUUCCUUGUCGAGCAGGAACGAUGUUUGUCAGUAACCAUAGAGAACCAGGACUUCCCUGGCAAAGGAUCACCUAAAAAAACUGAAUUAUGAGGUGGAAAAAGUCUCUAGUGUGGUCCUAAAUUUCCUGAAGAAAUAGAUUAC